AUGGCCGAGUUGCUAUCGACAGCCACCAUCACAACGACAGGCCUUCUUUGUAAAGCAUUUCUCAACUCAGGACUUUGCUCCAUCACAGUUAGCAAUCUUCAUAUACUUUUGGAUGCUCUACGGAACGAUGAGAGACGGCGACAUGGACAGGGCGUGGUGACAGUUGCGAAUCAUAUUUCCACACUGGAUGAUCCACUCGUGUGGGGAACGCUCCCGGUGAAACUCUACUUGAACUCCAACACAACGCGGUGGUCGCUUGGUGCAUCAGAUAUAAUGUUUACUAACCCUCUGUUCUCCGCUUUCUUCCGUAAGGGUCAGGUGUUAGAAACAUUUCGCGGAAAUGGAAUCUUCCAACCUUCCGUAGAUAUUGCCAUCAAGCAACUGAAUGAAGGGCAUUGGGUGCAUCUUUUUGGAGAGGGAAAAGUCAACCAACCACCCGACUAUCCGAGGACAAACGGAGUCGCUCGCUUGCCCCGAUUCAAAUGGGGAGUUGGACGAAUCCUGAUGGAAACUGCAGCUCCCCCUCUUGUCAUACCGAUGUGGCUCACUGGUUUUGACAAAUUGAUGCCAGAACACCGCUUGUUUCCGUACAAGUACUUCCCGAGAUUAGGUAUCAGACUUGGUGUGGUAUUUGGCGACCCAAUACCGGUCAAGGAAAUAACGGCUGCAUUGACUAUGCAAGCUGAAGAGCGGUUUGCGCCAGGAUGUGAACCGAAACGACAGAUGGACGUGGUGCGGAGCAAUGUGACUGCGAUCGUCCAACGAGCGGUGGAAGCUUUGGGUCGACAAGUUUCCGGUAACCUUCUCAACAAAUCUGGUUGA